GUAAAAGCUCAUGAAAUUGGUUUAAAAUAGCAAAAACUAACUUAAAACAAUUAAAAUGGCAUGUGUUUACACAUUUUUUUUCUUCCCAAAUUUCCUCUCCUCGCUCUCCAUACCCACCAUACCUUCUUCUUCUCCUUCCCCAAUCUUUUUCAGAUCAUCGUUCGGCCGCCCCAAGCUCCACGUCUUCUGCCGCGCACCAGUGGACUUCAGACCAUCUCCUAGUUCCAAUCUCUUCGGUUAACUCCCCAUUCAAGCUCGUGUUGUUCACACCAAACCUUUUGCUUCCUCCGCCGUCAGUCUCGCCGGACCUGGAGCGGCUGAGGUUUUGCCCUAUGUGGAUUCGAAUUUGAAGAAGAUUGAUGUGGAAGUUGAACUCUAAAAUUUAAACCAAUUUUUGUGAAUAAUCUCGUUAGAUUGGUAAUAUUGCUAAGAAUCCUUUGGAUCUACCAGAUUCUUCAGGAACACAUCAAACAACUCUUGUGAAAACAAAGAAACUAUUUUUAACUGAAAAUGUUGAACGAACAAGGCGGGGGGAGUGUACCUAAAGUUGGUUGCAGAAGGUGAAAUCUUGGAGUUGAAGAGUCUUUUGGCGUUGCCAAACUCAAAUGCACUAGACACUUUGGUUCUAACAUAGAUUCUGUCCUGACGGCAAACAUAGUUUGAUUGAGCACGGUUUGCUACCAUGAUACGGUCGGUGAUAGUGAUGAAUACUGAGGGCAAGCCUCGGUUUGCUAAGUUCUACGAUUUUCAGCCCAUAGAAAAGCAGCAGGAGCUCAUUCGCAGCGUCUAUGGAGUACUCUGUAGUCGAGCUGAGAACGUCAGCAAUUUCGUGGAGACUGAGUCCAUCUUUGGUUUGGACUCGCAUCUUGUUUACAAACACUUUGCAACCCUUUAUUUUGUGCUUGUCUUUAACAGUUCUGAGAAUGAACUUGCCAUGCUUGACCUGAUACAAGUUUUUGUAGAAACAUUGGACAAGUGCUUCAAAAAUGUAUGUGAGCUUGACUUAGUGUUCAACUACAGCAAGAUGCAUACGAUUUUGGAUGAAAUCAUUUCUGGUGGCCAAGUGCUAGAGACUAGUUCUUCUGAAGUGAUGAAGGCUGUUGAAGAAAUAUCCAAGUUAGAAACAGCCUCAAAUUCUAUCAACUUUGUCUCGAAAACGGUUUCUGGCUGGCGGGGUUGAGUUCGUUGUUUUAAUCAAGUUGGCUACACGAUUCAGUAAGCAUUCUUUUGAUGCCUUACCUUGAAAUUUUUGCUAGACCUGUUGUUGGUUUUGACCGAUUUGUUGGAUAGGCAAAUCUCCAAUCUAUCCGAUUCGAAGACCACAUAUUUGCAUCAUUAAUUGACAGAUUUCAGAUGCCUGCUGAGUAGAGCCACUUAUCUCAACUAGUUGGUUCUUAAUGGCCAUGCUCACAAGCAUCUACUUGAUAUAUUAUUUUGAAGACUACUUUGCCUCACCUAGAUUUUGAUUCUAUUACAAUUUGAUGAAAAUCAGUUUCUCAAAAUAUAUAUUGAAUGAAUUAAUUUGUUGAGUAGAAGGUUAAGGACUUUUCAUCCUUCUAAUGUGAGAUGUUCGAGAUGUCUCUUUAAUCGAAAUACUAUUUAUUUAUUUAACAUCGAAUGCUUACGGAAAUAGUUUUUUUUA